AUGGCGGUUAUUGACCAACACCAAGAUGACUUCUCCAACGUGUCCUGGAACACGGAUGAGCACACCGCUGCUGAGAGCUCAAGUUCAGUGACUGCGACCGAAUACGACGACACGGAAAGGAAUGGACACAAUGCCUACGAAAGCGAUGCACCCGGCAGCAACGACCGGGAGGUGCUGGACUGCGUCGUCUCCGAGCCUCUCAAGGAAAACGAUGGCUCCAAAGAUACCUUUGUCUCGUACUUGAUUACCACUAAUACCACGUUCCCCUCCUUCCAGAGAUCGCAAACAACAGUCCGCCGGCGAUUCACAGACUUUGUCUUCUUGUAUAAGGCGUUGAGCAGAGACUACCCAACCGCCGCAGUUCCUCCCCUGCCCGACAAGCAGCGGAUGGAAUAUGUUAGCGGCAAUCGCUUCGGUCCGGACUUCACCAAUCGUCGAGCGCAUUCGUUGCAGCGCUUCCUUACCCGCCUCUCCCUUCAUCCCGUGCUUCGCCGAGCCGAUAUCCUCCAUAUCUUUCUCGAGAGCCCUGACUGGAACGCUACGAUGCGCAGUCGCAGCGUCAGAGGAUCUACGAGCAGCGAUGCCGGAAGCAGUGGGGUAUUCGAUAACCUCACCGACAGCUUCCUCAACGCCUUCACCAAGGCCCAUAAGCACGACAAGCGGUUCCUCGAGGUCAGAGAACGAAGCGACAAGCUCGACGAAGACUUGGCCCACAUCGAGAAGGUGGUAGCACGGGUAGCCCGACGGGAGAACGACCUCGAACUGGACUUCAAGGACCUGGCAGAACAGUUCCAGAAGCUUAUCACGCUUGAGCCGGGUGUCGAGAACGAAGUCAGACAUUUUGCCAACUCGAUCGAGGACACCGCCAUGGGUCUGCGCAAGCUCAAGGAUGUCACCGAUGGGGAUUACCUAGGCAGUCUCCGGGAUAUGCAGGCCUACAGCACAGCCUUGAAGAGCCUCUUGAAGGCGCGCGAGCAGAAGCAGGUGGACUACGAGCAGCUCACGGAGUACCUUAACAAGAACACUGUCGACAGAGACCUGCUCCAGUCCGGCCAAGGCUCGGGUGGCCUGUCGGGUGCCAGCGGCAGACUGAUGCGCAAACUCGAGGAUGUGCGCGGAGUCGAUCACGAGCAGGCUCGUCGCGAUCGCCAACGAAAACUGGAGAUGAAUAUCGACAAGCUUACCACGGAAGCGGAGCGAGCCAAGAAGACGAGCGAGAUGUUUGACGACGAGGUCGUCAAGGAGGUGGCCGAUUUUGAGCGGAUCAAGCGGGUCGAGUUUAAGAAGCAGCUCGGCGGUCUCGCCGACUCUCAUAUUGAGUUUUACGACGAGGUCAUUGAGAUUUGGGAGGGGUACGUCAAGGCGAUGGAGAAGGAAGGCGUGUCGGGAACACGCAGCACUGGUGUUGAGCCCCCUGGCCGGCGUCUGGUGGACUAG